UGGUUUUCAGCUUGAGUCUUAGCAGUGAAGGAGAAGUUGGUGAGAGUUUCACCGGUAGCCUGUCAGCUCUCAGCUGGACUUCAGCUCUGAGUUUCUGACGAGGAACCGUCCAGUCGGGUCAGGUGUUCUCCCGAACUUUGCUCCCCAGCCCCGAUUAAAGGGUCAGACUCAGGAUGACUCAGGUCAGCCAUCAGCAGUGGGGACAGGUCCCUGGCCUCGGCAAUGUGGAUAUGUGGACCCUCCAGUCCCCCCAGGUGCGGGUGGAGGUCCUGACCCUGGGUGCCAUUAUAAGGUCUGUGUCCUGCAGAGGGAAACAUGGGCAGAUGGAGGAUGUAGUCCUCGGCUACGAUGACCUGGAAGGUUAUGUGUCGGAUAAACGGUAUCUGGGGGCCUUGGUGGGUCGUGUGGCUAACAGGAUAGCAAAAGGACACUUUGUGGUGGAAGGAAAAGAGUUCCAACUAGAUACCAACAAUGGACCAAAUGCCCUGCAUGGAGGCCUGCGUGGCUUCAACAAGGAAGUCUGGCUUGCUGCAGAAGUGGAAGGUGGUGUGAUCCUCAGUCAUACGAGUCCAGAUGGAGACCAGGGCUACCCUGGUGAGCUUCAGGUCUCCAUCUCCUACACUCUACAGGGGGAAACUCUAACCGCUGACUACCGAGCCCGCUCCACCAAAGCCACCCCCAUCAACCUCACCAACCACUCCUACUUCAACCUAUCAGGGCAGGGAGCAGCAGAUAUCUAUGAUCAUGAGGUGUCUAUCAGUGCACAGUCUUACCUGCCUGUUGAUGACACAUCAAUCCCUACAGGAGAGAUCCGCCCUGUGGAGGACACACCCUUUGACCUCCGGGUGCCGGUUCCUGUCGGUGUCCAGCUGAAGAAAGUUCCUGGCCUCGGCUUUGACCACAACUUCUGCCUGUGUUCACCCAGAGAUGACUGGACAGAAAGACAUGCUGCCAGAGUGCUUCACCCCCCCAGUGGGCGUGUCCUGGAGGUGUCAACCAGCCAACCAGGAGUCCAGUUCUACACCGCCAAUGUCCUGGACGGCUCCAUCAGAGGAAAGGGUGGAGUGACGUAUGGGAAGCACAGCGCCUUCUGUUUAGAGACACAAAACUGGCCCAAUGCUGUUAACCAGGCUUCCUUCCCAGACUGCCUCCUGCGUCCCGGGGAUGAAUACCAUCAUGUGACUCGCUUCACCUUCACCACCGUCUGAGCAACAGUCAGGACUCCAGCGCUGACCUCUGACACAUAUCUAGGUCAAAGCUUGCUUUAUGACUGCUGUUGAUGUGAAUUUCUUCAGCAUAAAUUGUAAUAAAGUUUUGUCAUUUAAACUGGU